AUGACCAAUGUCGAGGCAAAAAUACCACUGACAGCUGUUAGCAAGAUUGAUGGCCGUACAAGGGAAUGCCGAGAAGCUCUGCAUGAUACAACCAAAUAUUGUUAUCAUAGUUAUGAUAUUAUCCGCCCUAAUCAUGGCCGGCUCGGCGCACCAAAACGAGUACGACUUUACGGAACGCCGUCACUCACUUACCAACAUGUUCAAGGCGUUCAAGUUGUGAUUAGAGCAAGAUUUCAUAGUAUUUAA